AUGGUAGGCGGCAUGACACACAUGGCUCUGCUGCAAGACAAGUUCGACUACCAUCGUUCGAUGCUCGACUUGCUCAAGUCCGCAGCACAGCAUUACAGCAGCCCCCACUUGCACAUCAACACCACAGAAAUCGCAGAUCGCUACGAGCCGCAGACGUCCCUGCGCUCGGCCCUCUUUGGCGAGAUCCUCCUGUGUCGCGACCGUCUCACGCUUGACCGCGUCAUCGUCAAGACUGUGGACCUGCAGCUGGCACGACGACAGACGUCGCGCAAGCAGGAGCUCGUGCAGGAGAAUGUGCAGCUCGAAGUCGAAGGGCUCAACCGCGUGCGCGCGCUGGGCGGCCACCCGAACAUCAUCAAGCUCCACCGUUGCUUUGUGACCAAGGGGGUGCUGCACCUGGUGCUUGACUACUGCGAGGGCGGCGACCUGUUGGACGCCUGUGUACAGCGACGCUGCUCAGCGGACGACCGCAAGAAGACGAAGAGACGCAGUGGCACAAGCAGUUGCAAGAGUAGCAGAAGCAGUCGCAAUCGUAGCAAUUGCAAGAGCGAUAGCAGCAAUAGCAGUACUGGUUGUGGUUGCAGUGAUGGCAGUUGCGGUCCGAGAGAAGACGCCAGCGCAGCCGUCGAGGGAGCGACGCUAGUGACGGAUGACGAGCUCAGUCCCGAAGACGACGACGAGGAAGCCACCGAGGACGACGGACCGCUUCGAACCGGCGUGGACGGCUCCAAGCGUCUACAGGAGACGGUCGCGCACAAGUACCUCGUGGACGUGCUCUCGGGGCUGCGCUUCCUCCACUCGCACGGCAUUGCCCACCGAGACGUGAGUCUCGAGAACAUUCUGCUGCGCAACGGGUGCGCCGUGCUCGCCGACUUUGGGCUGUGCGUGCCGGAGCUGUCGUCCGUGUCAACGUCGUCCUUGUCACGGACGUCCUGGAGCCAUCAGACGACCGCAGGCGCAUUUUACUGUGACGAGACAGUGGGCAAGGACUACUACAUGGCGCCCGAGAUCGUGGCCCGCAAGCGCUACGACCCUCGACGGGCUGACAUUUGGGCCACGGGCAUCGCGUUCUUCAUUUUGCUCACGUCGUCGCCGCCGUUCGAGCGUGCGGACCCUUUGGACCCGGGCUUUCGGUACGUGGCGAAAUGCGGCAUCCAGGCCGUGUUUACGGCGUGGGGACUCGACCAGGACGUGUCGGAGGCCAUGCAGGAUCUGCUGACGCGGAUGUUGUGCGUGAACCCGGAGGAGCGCAUUACGAUGGCCGAGAUCUGGCAACACCCGAGGCUACGGCGACCGAUGAGCAGCAUGUUGUCAACCGGUGGCUGCAGAUAA